AUAAUAUGUGGUUGUCAGCGAUCAGUUUUUGACUCACAAACAAGAAAAACGUCAUUGAAAUACCUGAAACAUGUCUGACUAUGGGACCAUUGAACUGGUGUGUCUUGGCCGACCGUUUCAGUUGGGAAUGUUGUAUGACUGUCGACGAGAUGUCCUCAUUCCAGGAAUAACUCUCUGGGAUGCAGAGAUGUUACAGAAGAAUAUUAACGCACGUCCACAGCCAAACACAGACUUCAAAAUCAUUGCCUCAGAUUCAAGUGAAGACAAAGUAGAAGCUCUUAAUGUUUCUGCAUGUCUUGAAGCCAGCUUUCUGUCUGGAUUAGUCAGUGUGAAAGGGUCAGCUGAGUUUUUAAGUAACAAGAAGAAAUCCAAACAUCAAUCUCGAGUCACCUUACAGUAUCGAACAACCACACGUUUCGAGCAGCUGACUAUGGAGCAUCUUGGAGCAGGAAACUUCAAACACUGCAAUGUAUUUGAGGAAGGCUCUGCCACACAUGUUGUUACUGCUUUGCUGAAUGGGGCUCAAGCAUUCUUCAUUUUUGACCGCGAGCUUUCAUCCAAUGACAACUACCAAGACAUACAAGGUGAACUCCAAGCAUCAAUCAAAAAGAUACCUUUAAUAUCAAUUGAGGGCAAGGCAUCUUUGAAAAUGAGUGAAUCAGAACAAGAGAAAACCAACAAGUUCAGCUGCACAUUUCAUGGAGAUUUUGCCCUAGAAAACAACCCGGUUAGCUAUUCAGAUGCAAUCAAAGUCUACUCAGAGCUUCCAAAACUCUUGGGAGAAAAUGCAGAACAUGCUGUGCCCAUGACUGCGUGGCUUUACCCUCUGAAGAAACUUGAUUCUGCAGCCGCUCAGUUAGUCCGGGAGAUCAGUGUCAGUCUAGUACGACGUGCCCAACGCAUCAUGGAUGAACUGGACGAUUGUGACAUACAAUGUCAAGACCUGAUGAAGGACAACAUCACUAUUCAAUUCCCAGAAAUCAAAGCCAAGCUCAGAAAAUUUAAAGACCUCUGCUCAGAGUACAAACUUGUUUUUCAAAAACAGCUCUGCCAGCUUCUUCCAUCUAUAAGGGGAGGAGGAAAAGAGGAACAGGAACUUGUGGAUGUCUUGAACAGCAAAGAAAGAUCUCCAUUUCAAGGUGCUCUGAUAACAGGAUAUCUAAAAGACAGACAACGAGAAAUUAAUGUUGUUAGAUCUUAUCUAGACAUCAUGAAAGAUGUUCCUGCUCUUUCAUCCAGCAAUGACCUGGACAAGAUGGUUCUGAAAGCAACCAAUGACUAUGUGAUAGUUUUUGCACUCUCCUCCUUGAAUGAAAAGGAACUGUACCUUACAGACAUGGAGAAUUACCUCAAGAACCAACCAUAUAACAAUGCAGAUCAAUUACAUCAUGACCCAACCUCGACAAUGGGGGCUGAGAAAUGGUUUACCUCAGGAGAUGUAACUGCACUGACCAGGGGAAAUAUACAGGCAUUUCUAGAUUUCAAGCAGGCCAAUGAUGGAAGAAAAAAUAUUGAAUUCUGCAUUGCAUCAAUCCCAGACAAGCUCAGCACUGCAUCCUCGAUUCAUGUUUAUGAAAGAGGGAGACGUCUGAGCUCACAGUAUGAGCUCCCCUCAAAACCCCCAACACCAAUUGUCUUGAGUAUAGAGCAUGAUUCUGUGGCUUUGCAAAUCCAACCCCCUGAGUGUGGUGCCGUGAACUCUCACUGUAUUCUAUACCAGUCUGUUCAAAGCUCUGAAUGGACAGAGAUGUAUACGGAUGAGGUUUCAGAUCAUGUCACUCUAAAGCAGUUAGAACCACAUAAAGAGUAUCAGUUCAGCUGCAAGGCUGUGUGUCGUCCCGGGGUAAGUCUGUGUAGUGAUGCAACAUCAUUCUUCAGGACCCGUCCAUGUGCUCCUCCUGGAACACCUAUAGUCAAAAGAGUAGACGCUGAGUCUGCAACUGUAGCCUGGGAUGUUCCUUCAUCUGUUGGUGAAGAUGUCCUGGUCACUGAAUAUGUGUUGGAAUAUAGAGAACACAUAAAGGAUCAAGAAAACGAAAUGGCAUGGAAGUCAAUGAAAUCUACAUACAGGGAGAGCACUCUUCAGCAACUCAAAGCAAACACAGAUUACACAAUCAGAGUUUUGGCAAAGUGUGGUAAUGAUGGAAUGAGUCUCCCCAGUCCUGAAACUGUGUUUUCUCCCGGUUUUCAAGGCAAACAGUCAAGUCAGCAUGUAAGUGAGUUGUUCCUGAAGAAAUCUGUUUGUAUACAGAAAGGUAAUCCUGCAAUUCAUGAGCUGACGCUACAUAAAAAAAUAGAAGAGAAUGUAAAUUUCAGUCAGUAUGUCUUUGGAAAAAAGGUGGAGGAUGUGAAAAACAAAGUCAUUCUUCUGUUGGGAUCGACAGGUGCUGGAAAAACCACGCUGGUCAAUGUCAUGAUCAACUACAUACUGGGGACAAAGUGGCAGGAUGGAUAUCGCUUCAAACUGAUCAAUGAAGUUACCAAUCGCACGCAGGCAGAGAGUCAGACAUCUAGUGUCUCAUCUUAUGAGUUGUACGAUCAGCCCGGCUUCAAAAUUCCCUAUUCUCUAACAAUCGUAGAUACACCAGGAUUCGGGGAUACAAGAGGAAUGAAACAUGAUAAACUGAUAACAGAGCAGGUCAAGAGCUUUCUUUGUAGCCCGCUAGGAAUUGAUCAUAUUGAUGCUGUCUGUUUUGUUGUUCAGGCCUCUCUUGCUCGCCUUAGUGCCAACCAAAAGUACAUCUUUGAUUCAAUCUUGUCCAUUUUCGGCAAAGACGUUGCAGAAAACAUCAUGAUACUGGUGACAUUCGCAGAUGGCAAAAAGAUCCCAGUUCUAGAAGCCAUCAAAGCAGCUGAUCUGCCCUGUCAGAAAGAUGCAAAUGGAAAACCCACCCACUUCAAGUUCAACAACUCAGCUGUGUUUGCAGACAAGAAAGCAGAAUCUGACACAUCUGAUAAUUCAGAUGAGGAAGGCGAUGAUCAGAAACUUAGCGAGAUUGUCUGGACAUCAACCUUUAAACAGAUGAAGGCUUUUUUUAAAGCACUGGGGAACAUAGAGAGUAAAGAUCUGACCCUUACUAGAAAGGUCUUGGAGGAACGAGAGCGUCUUCAAAAAGCCAUGGCAAGUCUGACCCCUCAGAUAACCGCUGGCCUUUCCAAACUAAGUGAGAUUAAAAAAAUAAAACAAUGUUUGGAAAAUGAGAGUGGGAACAUGGCACAAAAUGAAGAUUUUAUGCAAGAUGUAGAGAUGGUGAAAGCAAUCAGAACUCCUGUCAACAGUUUCACCAUGAACUGCAACAAAUGCUUCUUUACAUGUCACUCCAACUGCUUCCUCCCUACAGAAGAUGCUGUGAACACUUGUGCUGUGAUGAAUGAUAAUGGCUACUGUGUCGUCUGCCCUGAAAACUGCCAUUCCUCUGAACAUUCAAAAGAAAACACCAUGUGGACGUAUGAAACAAAAAUCGAGAAAAAAACUAUUAAAGAAUUGAUGGACAACUUUAUGAAGGCACAGAAAAAAUUUCUGGGAUCCAGGCAAAUGCUUGAUGCACUUGAAGAUGAAUUCCAUGUAAUUGAAGACAAACUAAUGAAACUAAUCAAAAUGUCCUCCGAAUGCUUAAGAAGACUGGAUGAAAUUGCGCUGAAGCCGAAAUCUCUCUCCACAGCCGAAUACCUUGAAAUCCUGAUCAAAACAGAGGAGGAGGAGAAGAAAGCUGGCUUUGAGGACCGCAUCACUGGACUUAAGAAAAUGAAAAAAGAAUCUCUUAUUCUUGAAAAGAUUGCAAGGGGAGAACGUCUGCUUGAAAAAGAGCACCAAGUCAUGGUGGAGAGAAAGAAGAGAAUGAAGACCGUCGCACUGAAAAUUAUAAAAAUGAGAAAAGUUGUUGGUGCUUCAUGUUCACAAAACAAGCAGGAGGCACCCAAUCAAUAAGAAGCUCUUGCUAAUAAUCAGCUGCACUGAUACCAAAUGCUUUAGAAUUUGUAACUCCUUAUAUUAACUUUUCAAAUAAUAUUUACAUUUUUAACGAUAAUACAGACAAGAAAAGAGCCUCUGCAAAUUACUGUAAUUUCACAUCUUAAUUAUUAAUCCAGGUGUAUUAUAAAUUAAAAUCAAUCGACAGCAUUUAUGGAAUGAUGUUUGUUACCACAAAUAAUCUUUUCUUUUCAAUUAAAUAAUUCUAGUCAUUCCUUAUAUUCCUUUAACAUACCUUCUGUUCCUUUACCUGUUUCUCCUUAAAUAUGCCAGCAUUUUGUAAGAACUGAU